UUGAAAAUCAGUUUUUUUUCACUUACAGAAUAUUUUCUUUCUUAAUUCUCAAUCAACACAAUAGUUUCCAAUGUCUGCUGCUCUACGCGAAAAUCACAUCGAAAAUGAUGCCAUGCACUACAAUAAAAGCGCCCAUCCAAAGUCCUUGUCGGCCAUGCCGCUCAACGUGGUCAGCGAGAUCUUGGCCCAUCUGAACAACAUCGAAUCAUUGGUUCUGAUGAAAGUGUCUCGAAAUUUUCGGCGCGCUGUUCAAAAUUCAAAAGUUGAGAUUAAUAGACUUACUGUACAGCUUUGUACAGGAGGACAAUCUUCAAGCAUUGUUUAUGGCCGCUACGUCAUCACUUACAAGCAGAAUAAUGGCGGUUGUACAGUUUCUUAUGUUGAUAAUAAAGUCGUUGGGGGCAACAAAAAAGAAGUUUUUGUGCCUGAAGAAAACUAUCUAGAGCUUUGCAACAAGGAUCUCAAGUUGAUGAUGGAAAAUCGAAAGGUUGAAUUUUACAGUUUCGGAGUUUCAAUUUCUGGAAUUGAAACAGAACUCAGCAAAAAGUUCAUCGACGGCAUUGAGGAGACUAUGAAAUCUGCAAAGAGUUUGACGUCUAGAACCGUUGCAACAUAUAACACUUCGUUGUCAGGACUCGCACAACUGGUGGGCAUCUUCCCUGCUGAAAAGUUGGAAGUGAUAGAUUUCAAAGGAGAGGGGAGUGUCGGAUUUGAACAGCUGAUCAAUUCGGAUCAAUGGAAAAAGGCUAAAAAGUUUGAUGGACUUUGGAGUUUGAGUAUUCCAAUUGAGCACUUCUUGCAUUUCGAGUUUUUCAAAGUAGAUCUAGCGAUAUUCACAGAAGAUGAUGCUGUAAAAAUUUGCGAUAUGAUCGACACAUCCACUCACUUUGGUCGCGCUCAGAUCCGCUGUAACUCUAUAAACAUCAGCGGGAUGAAGAGAAUCUUCGGAGCCCAUGAUGAGGAGGACAACAUCGUCUACCAAAACCUGAACAACAUACCUUUCUAUGUAGAAUUUUUGCCUGAUUUGCUCCGAGUUACAAAGUAUGGCUAUAGAAUUGAAAUUGACAACUAGUACAAUUUUAUAUAAUUCAAAUAUUCAAUAAACAUUAUUUAGUUUU